AUGGCGAAUAGAUUAAAAGCUUAGAUUCAAUUUAGUGAUGAAGCUCCUGAGAUUGAACACAAUGAACCGGAAGAAAGUAAGAGAUUUGAAGACUAUUACCAAUGUCUUUUCACUAUAGGGCAAGGAGCACAUGCAGUUGUAAAGACAGCAAAGAAGAAAAACUCAGAAGAUAUAUACGCCGUAAAAAUUGUAAGAUCUGGGGAUCAAGAAAUUCAGAACAAUGUGAGAAGAACUUUUAACAAUACGAGGUGUCUUAGGCAUCCUAACAUUGCUCAAGAUAUAGAACUUUAUAUCAACGAAAAGAUGGAAACCUCAUAUUUGGUAAUGGAGUAUAGCAAGUUUCCAAGUUUAGAAAGUAUAAUUAAAAAACGAUCUCUUACUUCAGAAGAAUUAAAGGUUGUGAUUAAAGAACUACUAUUGGGCAUCUAACAUGCUCAUUCUAAAGGAAUAUGCCAUAGAGAUUUAAAGCCAGACAACAUUUUGGUCAAUUUAGAAGAGAAUAGUUAGCCUCCUAAUGUAAAAAUAGUAGAUUUUGGAGUAUCAAGAAGGUUUUUAUCAAAAGGAUAGGAAAUUGAAAUGCUGACAAAAACAGGAAAUAUAUUUUAUUGUGCUCCAGAAAUAUAUCAUAAAGCUAGUUAUUCAAAAGAGGUUGAUGUUUGGGCAAUAGGAGUCAUUACUUAUUAAUGCAUUUUCCAAAAAUUACCGUUGCACUCGAAUGAAAUACAUGAUUUUAUUGAGUUGUUAGCAAACCCAAAUUAAUGGACAUUUUAAAAAUAAUUAAAUACACUUGAACAACCUUUACGGAAUUUAAUAAUUUCAAUGUUGAAUCCAAAUAAAAACGAGAGAAUUACUGUUGAAGCAGCUUUGAGACAUCCUUUUUUCGAAAUUUGCACUAUUUAGGAUGUGAUGGCAUUUUUGAAUAAAUUAAAUACAGCUUAAGAUGGUUGUUGUAAAUGUAGAUCAUUGUAAUCAAGUUUAAGAUUAGAUGACUAAUAAUGGGGAAGUGUUAUUUCAAAACUGUAGAGUAGUUAAAAUGAUAAAAAGGAGGAUGAAAUUAUGAUGAAUGAAUUACUUAACAGCUUUACUGAUGUUCAUAUCAUUUAGAAGCAUGGGGGUAAUUGUGGCUUUAUCUAAUUGAUGAAUUCAAUUAGCAGUAGCACAGCUCUCAUGAGUAAAUUAGGAUCUAAAUAAGAAUUGCUUGAUAAAAGUCUUGGGUUCCAAUUUAGUGGCUCAUCAAAUAAAUUGUCUUAUUAAGAUUAAGUCGAUAAUUUUAGUAAAAUCUAGAGUAGUAUCGAAAUGAAGGAUGAAUACAAUAACAAUAAAUUCCUUACUUAAUUAGGUGCUCAUCUGGAUAGUAGUAUUGAUGUUACGACUUAUGAUGGUUCUUUGGUCUAAUCCAGAUAUGUUCCUCUAUAAGAUUAAUAAGUAGUUCCUAAGAAGCCUAUCAACUCUAUGAAAAAUAUGUUCGAUAACCUUUAAAUUAAGGAAGUAGAUGAAAUAACAGAAGAUUAAUUUUGA